AUGCGCAACGUCGAAAGACCUCGACCCCUCAAGAGCAAGAGCGGAUUGGACAGGAACAAAUACUGUGCUUUCCAUGAUCAAAAUGGUCACACCACGGAUGACUGCUGGGACCUCCGAGAUGCUAUUGAGAAACAUGUCAGAGAGGGAAAAUUGAAGCAAUACAUUAUCCGAACUCAGGGUAAGAAGAAUAGUAAGCGAAGGCAAAGAAGCUGGAGCAGAAGUCGCAGCCCGAAUAGAGAGGAUAUGAAGGAUCAGGAACAAGACCGCCCUUCGAAGGACAAAAAGGUCGAAGAUAAAGACGAGGAAUUCCAAGAAGCUGAGUUUGAGUGCAACGUGAUAAACGAAGCUUUGGGUGGAGGAGGCGACACGACAAAUGCAAGAAGAAAGCACCUGAAGGAGGUCAUGUCAUUAAGAGAUAGGCCGACCUUCAAAGGGAAAGCCAGCAAUCCUGCUCCCCCAAGACUGUUCUUUACUCAAGAAGACCUAGAAAUGGUCGUACCUGGACACAACGAUGGUCUGGUGAUCACCGGGGUGCUAGUUAAGUGCCAGGUUAAGAGAAUCUUCAUUGACCACGGAAGCUCGGCGGACAUAAUUUUUGGAACGCUUUCCAAAGGAUGA